AUGGAUGACUAUAUCGAAACUUCAACCAACCUUAUCUGCCUUAGUGACUCUUAUAAAGUGUCCCAUUAUGUCCAGUAUCCCCCCGGGACGACCGAAGUUUACUCUUACUUUGAGAGUCGUGGCGGAAAGUUUUCAGAGACUAUAUUCUUUGGCCUGCAAUACAUUAUAAAACGGUAUCUUGCAGGGCCCGUUGUCACGGAGCAAAAAAUUCAAGAGGCCAAGAAAAUGAUGCGUGAGCAUUUUGGACGCGAUUUACUAAACGAGGACGGCUGGCGUUACAUACUAGAAAAACAUGGUGGACACCUGCCUAUACGCAUCAAAGCUAUUCCAGAGGGAACGGUUGUUCCAGUAAGAAACGUUCUGUUUACUGUAGAAAAUACCGACCCAAAGUGUUUCUGGUUAACAAACUACCUCGAGACUAUACUUGUCCAGGUUUGGUACCCACUCACUGUUGCCACAAAUUCUCUGGCAUUCAAGAAAAUUAUCUUUCAAUAUCUGAAAGAAACUUCUGAUGACUUAUCUCUCCUUCCAAUAUUGAUGCAUGAUUUCGGUUUUCGCGGGGUGUCGUCGAUUGAGGUGCUUGUGGUGAACUCGGCCUCGAUCGGAGGAACGGCACAUCUAGUAUGUUUUCGUGGAACGGAUACGAUGGCUGCUCUCUUAUUUGCCAAACGCUUCUACAACUGCGACAUGGCUGGAUUUAGUAUUCCGGCAGCCGAGCACAGCACAAUAACAGCCUGGCAAGAGGCCGGAGAGAAAGACGCGUACAGGAAUCUCCUGGAGAAGUUUCCUACGGGCGUCGUCGCCUGCGUUUCAGACAGUUACAACAUCUGGAAUGCAUGCGAACAUAUUUGGGGUGAAGAGCUUCGCGACUUGGUUAUCAAUCGUGACGGCACCUUGGUAAUCCGGCCAGAUUCUGGCAACCCCGAAAAAGUGGUCGUCAAAGUGCUGGAAAUUCUGGGCGACAAGUUUGGCUACACUUUCAACAGUCUCGGCUACAAAGUACUUCCUCCUUACCUCAGAUUAAUCCAAGGCGACGGUGUCAACCUCGAAAGCCUUGGCAGAAUCCUCGAAGCUGUGAAGGCAGCCGGCUGGAGCACUGGGAACGUGUCGUUUGGCAGUGGUGGGGCCCUUCUCCAGCAGCUCAAUCGGGACACGCAGAAGUGCGCGUUCAAGUGCAGUCACGCCGUGAUUAACGGCAAACAGGUUAAUGUCUGCAAACAUCCCAUUACGGACCCCCAAAAGAACUCAAAGAAAGGCCGUCUCUGUCUCCAGCGCUCUGCCUCCCAAAAUGGCUACGUCACUAUGGAGGAAGGUCGGGGCGACUUGGAGAAGGAUUUACUCAUCCCAGUCUUUGAGAAUGGUCACCUACUAAUUGACUACUCGCUAGAAGAGAUUCGUGAAAGAGCCGAAUUACCGGAGGUGAAGGCGGCGGCGGCGGCGGCUUCCAAGCUCAAUAAUCAGCCAGAAACGGUGGGUGGCAACUACGGUAGACAGCAAGGCGUGCCAUGCACCACACGUGAGGCUGUGGCUGAGCCACAUGCCAGAAGUCCAAAUCUCUUCAACCACUCACCAGAGACCUUCAUUGACGCUCGCGACGAAAGAGAGACUACGGCUGCGUCUACACGAUUUAGGUUACAGAGAACCAGUUAG